UUCAUCUACUUGAGCUUCUCUAAUAUUUUUGUCUAGUCCUAUUUUUUUCUCUCCUCCUUAAAAACCUCCUAAAUAGAUUUUAAUGGCCGAAUCUGCAUUUGCUGGAACUACGUGUUGUUUGUGUUUCGUUGUUUCGUUUCAGUUUGUUUCUUUCGAUCGGUUUUCAAAGUCAUUGGUUUCUCUGAUUCCUAGACAACGUUGUUCCUGUUUUUGACACUCCUGUAACCAAGCAUCUGCCGCUGUCGCCGGUAACAUGGGGAAGCGUAGUUCGCAGAAGAAAAAUGCAGCUAUGUUAGAUAGCGACGAUGAUGAUAGUAGCAUUAGUUCAUCCUCGUCCAUUAGGUCAGAUCGAAUGUCGAUAUGGGGAGCUGAAGAGGUUCAGCCCGUUAAAGACAAUUUGUUGGACCAGGCACUUGAUGCUCUUUAUGAGAAGAGGGGUUCGACUAGAGAGAAGGCUUUGGCUGCAAUUAUUGAGGCUUUCAAUAGCAACAUGCAACAUGAGUUUGUGGAGAAAAAAUUUGCUACUUUGAUGCAUCAGUGUUUAAAUUGCAUUAAACGGGGGUCUAGCAAGGAGAUAUCAUUGGCAUGUCGUGUUAUUGGAUUAUUGGCUUUGACGGUGGGCUGUGGGGACGAUGUGCGUGAAAUCUUGGAAGAGUCAGUCACCCCUCUUUCACAGGCGCUUAAAUCUGGGUUUGAUUCCUUAAAAAUAGCAUCAGUAAUUGAGUGUUUGGCUGUUGUUACCUUUGUCGGUGGAAAUGAUCCUCAGGAAACAGAAAGAUCAAUGGAGAUCAUGUGGCAUGUAGUCCAUCCGAAACUGGGAUCUAAUGUAGUUGCUGUUAAACCUUCGCCAGCUGUGAUAACAGCGGUGGUCUCUGCUUGGGCAUUUCUUCUAACAACCAUGGAUGGAUUGACUCUUAGUUCCAAACACUGGCAAGAGGCAAUUUCCUACCUUUCCAGCCUUCUUGACAAGGACGAUCGAUCUGUACGCAUUGCUGCUGGUGAAGCAUUGGCUUUAAUUUUCGAAAUAGGAAGCUUGGAGAAAUUUACUUCUGAAAGUAAGAGUUCGAACGACAAUGCAGCACAAGGAGAGAACUCUAACCGUAUACAUGGCUUGAAGGGAAAAUUUCUUAAUCAAGUUCGCAAUCUUUCAGCCGAGGCAGCUGGAAAAGGUUCAGCCAAGAAAGAUCUCAACAGCCAGCGGAACUUGUUCAAGGAUAUUCAGGAGUUUCUCGAGGAUGGUUAUUGCCCUGAAACCUCAAUGAAAAUUGGUGGAGAUUCACUGGAGACAUCAACAUGGUCGAAACUUACACAGGUUUCUUUCUUGCUUUACUUUCUUGGUGGAGGGUUUAUCAAGCACAUGCAGGAUAAUGAAUUUCUUCAUGAUGUUUUUGGGUUCACACCAAAGAGUAAGCAACUUGCUGGUGGUGAACUUCGUAUGUCUGGUGGUGAAAAGAGACUGUACAAGUCACCUAAUUCCGUUCUCAACAAGGCAAGGACCCAGUUCUUGAACAAGCAACGGAUGUUAUCAAAGGACAAAAACAUUGGGCGUUAUGCUGUCAAUCGGGGGGACGAAGAAGUAUGAAAGUUGAAUAAAGAUAGCUCGUUGAUGUCAUUGUAUUUUUACAUUAUUAUUCUUACCACCAUGGCCAAGUAUUGAGCUUAUUAGGAGGCCUUUGAUAACCGGUUAUAUAUGAUUUUUUUUAUGUUAAUACUUUGUAACACAGUCCUGUUAAGUGUUUUUUUUUUAUAAA